AUGACGAACCUCAUCAAAGACAGUUUUAACAUAAUAAUAUUUGCCUUACGAUUCAUCGGUUUGUACUACGACGACAAACAAACUAAACUAGCAAAAAUUUGGUCCUACGUCUUGUAUUUGUGGUGUGCUUCGGUUUCUACGUUAGCUUUUGUCGGUUUCGUGAAAGAAAAAACCAACGACAUCAGGCAAACCAAUCAAAUGUUAGUGUUUUUAGCGUCAUCGAUAGCAGUGUGUCUGAAAGUUUUCCUGGUAUUGAUGAGUGGCCCGGAGAUGCGAAAAUGCAUCGAGUAUUUCGGUGACGAUUACUUUGCCCCAAAAAACAAGGAAGAUGAACUGGUUUUAGAAAACUGUCGCAGAAUUUGCAAGAGAACUUUUCGGGUGUAUGCUACAGUUUUGCUGUUUGCUGCUAUUUCAUGGAAUACAUUGCCACUAUUCGACAAAAAAGCUAGGUUUCCCGUCGACAUUUGGUUACCCUAUGAACCGAAAAAAGGAACCGCAGUUUACUUUAUGACGUACGUCUAUGUGGCCGUAGUGAUUGUUUACCUUGGACUUGUUACUACUUUGUUGGAACCGUUACUAGGAGGUUUAGCGUAUCACGCAGUAAGUCAGCUUAAAAUUUUGGAGCAUGAUUUGCUUAAUGUUGGCAAAAGAAAAUUAUAUCUACAACGUAACACCUAUCUUAAAUCAUGCUCUCAAAAUUUGUGUGAAGCCGUGAAGCAGUGCAUCGUACAUUAUGACAGCAUUUUGACUUUUGUUAAAAAGUACGAAGACUGUUUCUCUUGGUGUACUUUCUGUCAAAUCACUGGAACCACACUCAGUUUGGGAUUUUGUUGCAUCGGUCUAACGUUGGUUUCUCCCACAAGUAUGAACGCCGUUUUGUUCUUUGUGAGCUAUCUUGCCGUAGCUGCUCAAAUAUUCUUCUAUUGUCAUUAUGGGACAAUUUUAUAUGAAGAGCACGAAAAAAUAAUGAAAGCCAUCUACAUGAGUCCAUGGCAUGAAUAUGAUGUUAAGACCAGAAAAAUGUUGAUAAUAGUUAUGGAACGUUCGAAAUCACCUGUUAUCUUAACUGCUGGAAAAAUAAUUCAGUUAACGUAUCAGACGUUUAUUUCUGUAUUGAAAACCAGUUACUCGUUUAUUGCUAUUAUGAAUAAUCUUAAUUAA